UCGAAGUCUCCAGCGCCGCCUCAGCGAGGACACCACCACCAAGCUCGCUGCGCGCGGCCUGGAUCUGGAAGCGCGAGCCAAGUAUCCUACCAUCCAGAACGACACUUGCAUUUUGUCCCCGGACACGAUCUUUGGGCCCUACUACGUUGACGGGGAGCUGUACCGUCGUGAUAUUCGUGAGGGCUCUGACGGUAUCGAUUUGUACCUGGAUAUCGGACUGAUCGACGUUGAUACGUGCGAGCCGAUUGAGGGCGCAUACAUUGACUUCUGGGUAGACUCGCGCGUUCUCUCUCUGCUUUGUUCCCUCUUCGUUUUACCUCUCCUUUACCAGCACUGCAACGCAGACGGCAUUUACAGUGGAUACACCGGGAUUGACCCGGACACUGUCGAGCCCUACGACGGUGUGACACUCCGCUCGGACGGAACCACUGAUGACAAGGCGUUCCUCCACGGGUUCACUGCAACUGACGAGAACGGUAUCGCCGAGUUCCUUACGAUCUUCCCAGGAUAUUACGCCUCGCGUACGACCCACAUCCAUAUUGCCGUCCACGUCAAUGGGUCCGUUUCCGAGGACGGCACCAACACUCUCGCGACUUCGAGCAUCCAACACGUCGGCCAACUGUUCUUCCAAGAAUCCCUCAUCAACCAAGUGUACGAAAUCGAAGCUUACACAGCCCACUUGAGUACCCUCACCCGUGUUACGAACGAUGCGGACUCCAUCAUCAGCGGAGCCAACAACGACGGAUACAGCGCCUUCGUAUCUACGGAACUCCUGGGCGACACCCUCGAGGACGGUCUCGUCGGAUACAUCACCGUCGGCGUCGACACCACCGCCAUUUUCGACACCAGCGACUCCAACCCCGUCGGUGUCAUCCCUACCGUGUCUUUGGCCGAGGGCGCGGAAGCGUCCGCCAGCGCUGUUGAUGCUUCUGAGGGUCUGACGGUCUAG